CUGUUUGUAAAUCUCUCAAUGCAAUAGGGCACAAUCAAUUAAAAUAAUUAAUUUUUCAAAACUCUGAAUUUAUUUGACCGAGGCUAAUUUCUCUGGAAUGUAUGACAUGUACCUGCAUAUCGUACAAUUCCUAAAAUACUAAAACAUUUUAUCAAUGAAAUUAAUGAAUUAAAUCGCCACCUAUGAAAGUACCUGGCACACUACAAAUCUCAAUAAUCAAAUUCUUUGACUCCUUGAAAUCUCAAACAGAGCUACUGCCUCUUUAUUUACUCUACAAUUUACUUCUGAAGAAAACGUUGAGUAAUUCCUAUUCCAGCCAUCAAAGUAUGGGAAGAAGAGAAAGGGUCAGCAGCGGUAAGCGGUAUGGGUGUUUAAGAAACUAGCCACGGACCAGCAGAGCCUACGAAUGCGCGGCGAUGUGACGACAAGGUUGUUGAUGCCACAGCCUGUAAGGGGCGGCAGGCAAGAUGCCAAACGGAGGGACCCGCGUCUCUAAGGGCCGCCGGCUUAGCUGGGGCUGAUCUGCCUUCCGCCUCCCGGGAGCCCCAGUCCUCGUCAGCGUCGUCAGGAGGAUUCCUCGCCCUAAUUAUCCCGGGAGGAAGACGCGCCUUUCCCGGAGACCGCUAGGCAACACUCACCACGGCAGCCUCCAGAUUACUUCUCUCCGUGGGUGUGUGACUUCGUCGAAGCAACUCACACUUACAGUAGAUUCUCACUGGCAAGGCUGCGAGCAGCAGAGGGCGGGGGAGCUGGGAAGAGGAGGAGGGAAGGAGGGUGGGAGGCGCUGAGCCGGGAGGCAGAGGGGACGCCAGAGCUCCAGACACAGCAGGAGCGCGCCUUGGCGGUGCAGUUUCAACCUCGCCUUCGCAGCCGCGCACACACCGCCUCCUCCCCGAGCAGCGGGAACCGCAGCAGCUCCCGGGCCGCCGCAGCCCAGCUCGUCGCUCCUGCCCGCCGUCCGCCGUCAGUCCCUCCCCUCGUCAGCACUCAGCCCGCAGCUAUUUCCUUCUGCCAGGCUCUUUGAACUCUGGAUCUCUGCUUUUGCUCGCUGCUCUCCCGUUUUUCAUUCUCCACAUUUUCUCAACUACUCUUUCUUUAUCCUUAGCCACCCUGCUUUUUUCCUCCUUAAAAAACAAAAAUCGGGGAUUUCGCCUUAAAAUGAUUUGUCUUCCUUACCUUCGUCCAUUUCAACACUGAAGACUGCAAAGAACCUUCACCUUUCCCCUAGUGGCAUUUAAAAAUUCUCAAUCUGUAAAAAGUAUUUUUAAAAGGCAAAGGAACAGGACGCGGGACCCUCUCAACACCCUUGAUCCGAGUCCAGAACUGCACUAGCAACCAGAACUAAUAUUUCAUUUAACCCUACCAAAGGGAAGGCGAGAAAAGCCAGAAGCAAACUUCAGCUGCCUCAGCGGAUCCGUGGUUCCCGCAUUUGGAGGAGCCGCGUGCCAGAAGGCGUAGGACCCCACGGGGAGACAAGGAGGACUCCCGAAUCUCCCUUGGCGGCUCCUCGAGGCCGAAGCGGUGGACUGAGCUGCGCGGAACAGCUGCAGCGGAGGAGGCUCGGAGAAGAUGCGGGGCUCGGGGCCCCGGGGUGCGGGACGCCGGCGGCCCCCAGGCGGAGGCGGCGACACCCCCAUCACCCCAGCGUCCCUGGCCGGCUGCUACUCUGCACCUCGCCGGGCUCCCCUCUGGACGUGCCUUCUCCUGUGCGCCGCACUCCGGACCCUCCUGGCCAGCCCCAGCAACGAAGUGAAUUUAUUGGAUUCACGCACUGUCAUGGGGGACCUGGGAUGGAUUGCUUUUCCAAAAAAUGGGUGGGAAGAGAUUGGUGAAGUGGAUGAAAAUUAUGCCCCUAUCCACACAUACCAAGUAUGCAAAGUGAUGGAACAGAAUCAGAAUAACUGGCUUUUGACCAGUUGGAUCUCCAAUGAAGGUGCUUCCAGAAUCUUCAUAGAACUCAAAUUUACCCUGCGAGACUGCAACAGCCUUCCUGGAGGACUGGGGACCUGUAAGGAAACCUUUAACAUGUAUUACUUUGAGUCAGAUGAUCAGAAUGGGAGAAACAUCAAGGAAAACCAGUACAUCAAAAUUGAUACCAUUGCUGCCGAUGAGAGCUUUACAGAACUUGAUCUUGGUGACCGUGUUAUGAAACUGAAUACAGAGGUCAGAGAUGUAGGACCUCUAAGCAAAAAGGGAUUUUAUCUUGCUUUUCAAGAUGUUGGUGCUUGCAUUGCUCUGGUUUCUGUGCGUGUAUACUAUAAAAAAUGCCCUUCUGUGGUACGACACUUGGCUGUCUUCCCUGACACCAUCACUGGAGCCGAUUCUUCCCAAUUGCUCGAAGUGUCAGGCUCCUGUGUCAACCAUUCCGUGACCGAUGAACCUCCCAAAAUGCACUGCAGCGCCGAAGGGGAGUGGCUGGUGCCCAUCGGGAAAUGCAUGUGCAAGGCAGGAUAUGAAGAGAAAAAUGGCACCUGUCAAGUGUGCAGACCUGGGUUCUUCAAAGCCUCACCUCACAUCCAGAGCUGCGGCAAAUGUCCACCUCACAGUUAUACCCAUGAGGAAGCUUCAACCUCUUGUGUCUGUGAAAAGGAUUAUUUCAGGAGAGAGUCUGAUCCACCCACAAUGGCAUGCACAACUCCAUCUCCAGUUACCAAUGUGAAAAAAGGGAAGAUUGCAAAAAACAGCAUCUCUUUGUCUUGGCAAGAGCCAGAUCGCCCCAAUGGAAUCAUCCUGGAGUAUGAAAUCAAGUAUUUUGAAAAGGACCAAGAGACCAGCUACACAAUUAUCAAAUCCAAAGAGACAACUAUUACUGCAGAGGGCUUGAAACCAGCUUCAGUUUAUGUCUUCCAAAUUCGAGCACGUACAGCAGCAGGCUAUGGUGUCUUCAGUCGAAGAUUUGAGUUUGAAACCACCCCAGUGUCAGUUGCAGCAUCCAGCGAUCAAAGCCAGAUUCCUAUAAUUGCUGUGUCUGUGACAGUGGGAGUCAUUUUGUUGGCAGUGGUUAUCGGCUUCCUCCUCAGUGGAAGUUGCUGCGAAUGUGGCUGUGGGAGGGCUUCUUCCCUGUGCGCUGUUGCCCAUCCAAGCCUAAUAUGGCGGUGUGGCUACAGCAAAGCAAAACAAGAUCCAGAAGAGGAAAAGAUGCAUUUUCAUAAUGGGCACAUUAAACUGCCAGGAGUAAGAACUUAUAUUGAUCCACAUACCUAUGAGGAUCCCAAUCAAGCUGUCCAUGAAUUUGCCAAGGAGAUAGAAGCAUCAUGUAUCACCAUUGAGAGAGUUAUUGGAGCAGGUGAAUUUGGUGAAGUUUGUAGUGGACGUUUGAAACUACCAGGAAAAAGAGAAUUACCUGUGGCUAUCAAAACCCUUAAAGUAGGUUACACUGAAAAGCAACGCAGAGAUUUCCUAGGUGAAGCAAGUAUCAUGGGACAGUUUGAUCAUCCUAACAUCAUCCAUUUAGAAGGUGUGGUGACCAAAAGUAAACCAGUGAUGAUAGUGACAGAGUAUAUGGAGAAUGGCUCUUUAGAUACAUUUUUAAAGAAAAAUGAUGGGCAGUUCACUGUGAUUCAGCUUGUUGGCAUGCUGAGAGGUAUUGCUGCAGGAAUGAAGUACCUUUCUGACAUGGGUUAUGUGCAUAGAGACCUUGCUGCUAGAAACAUCUUAAUCAACAGUAACCUUGUGUGCAAAGUGUCUGACUUUGGACUUUCCCGGGUACUGGAAGAUGAUCCCGAGGCAGCCUACACCACGAGGGGAGGAAAAAUUCCAAUCAGAUGGACUGCCCCAGAAGCAAUAGCUUUCCGAAAGUUUACUUCUGCCAGUGAUGUCUGGAGUUAUGGAAUAGUAAUGUGGGAAGUUGUGUCUUAUGGAGAGAGACCCUACUGGGAGAUGACCAAUCAAGAUGUGAUUAAAGCAGUAGAGGAAGGCUAUCGUCUGCCAAGCCCCAUGGAUUGUCCUGCUGCUCUCUACCAAUUAAUGCUGGAUUGCUGGCAGAAAGACCGAAAUAGCAGGCCCAAGUUUGAUGAAAUAGUCAACAUGUUGGACAAGCUGAUACGUAACCCAAGUAGUUUGAAGACACUGGUUAAUGCAUCAUGCAGAGUAUCUAAUUUAUUGGCAGAACAUAGCCCACUAGGAUCUGGGGCCUACAGAUCAGUAGGUGAAUGGCUAGAGGCAAUCAAGAUGGGCCGGUAUACAGAGAUUUUCAUGGAAAAUGGAUACAGUUCAAUGGACGCUGUGGCUCAGGUGACCUUGGAGGAUUUGAGACGGCUUGGAGUGACUCUUGUCGGUCACCAGAAGAAGAUCAUGAACAGCCUUCAAGAAAUGAAGGUGCAGCUGGUAAAUGGAAUGGUGCCAUUGUAACUUCAUGUAAAUGUCACUUCUUCAAGUGAAUGAUUCUGCACUUUGUAAACAGUCCUGAGAUUUAUUUUAACAAAAAAAGGGGGAAAAGGGAAAACAUUGAUUUCUAAACCUUAGAAAAUAUUUGCCUCGGCCACAGAAUUUGUAAUCAUGGUUUUUACUAAAAUCUCCAGUUCUUGGUCCUUAGUCUUCAUUUUUCAUGAAGCAAACAUAUCUUGCAUUGAAAGGGACAUGAGGAUAAAUGUCAUCUUAAGUUACAACAACAGAAUCCUUCCCACUACUUCUACAAAAUUUUGUACCUGAAAUACAUAAAUAUAUAGCACUUUUAUAGACUGAAUUAAGGCAACCCCUUUCAAAACUUCCAGGGAUCUACUUGAAAGGAAAUGUUUUAUAGCCAUUUGUGAGCUAACAAAAGCUACAGUUUACUGAAGUUUGCUUCAAGUCUUAAUUGUCUACGAAAGUGUAUUGAAGAGCAAUAUGAUUAGAUUAUUUCUUGAUAGAUAUCUUCUUUUGUAAUUUUAAAAUGCUGUUACACAGCGUUAAGUUAUAGAAACUAGUGUAAAAACAUGUUGCUUCAUCAAGAAAAAGUACAAUACAGGGUGUAUAUUUAUUUUUUGUGUUAUAAAAUUUACUUUUAGUUGCUCUUCUAGAGAUUAUUAAGUAAUAAAUGUGUAUAUACUGUAUAAUUUGCAAUAUACCCAGGAACUGAUUUAAGACGGAGUUGUGUGUGUGUUUGCUUGCACAUGUGUGUGUUACCAUUCUGCUUGCAUUUCUAAUAGUGUUUUAAUUUUAGCAACAUAAAGGAGCAAGUGUUCCAGAAUGUAAUAUGAAUAGGAGAAAUAGGGAAGCAGUAAAACAAAAUUUAACACAAGCUUGUGUCUCUUUUCCUCUCAUGUGUCCAAAAGCUAAUCUCUUUAUUCACUAAAAGGAAAUGUGUAUAAGACUAAAUCCCCUUUGGCUUUUUAAAAACACUUUGUGAUAUCAGUGACAAUGCAGUUCUUGUAGCCAUUAAUCUUGUACCCCUGUAAGAAAUUUCACCUUUCUGAGUCCUAAAAAGUAUCUUGUCAAGCAAAGUUGACACCGAAGGGCACAUUUUCAGCAGGAUGUAGAAGGAUUUAACUGUGCAGGCUUCUGUUAAUGUUGUUAAAUCCAGGCACAUAGCAUGAAGCAUCACCCUUAAGUGUUAAUCCUUUGUAACCAUUCCCAUUUUGACUCAGUUCUAGGAAUUUUGACUCUAAGGCAGCAAUGGACUUAUGACAAAUAUAUACAUAUAUAUGUACACACACAUAAAUAUAUAUAUAUAUGCUUCUUUCCCUUCAGAAUUUUAUUUCAAGAAUUGACAAGUUUUAUUUGUGAUGUAUGUUUAUUCAUUUGUUAAUUUCAUUUUAUAUUCAGUUACAUAGCAUUGAGUUUAUUUUAAUGAAACAAUCCAAGGUAUUAUGUAAUUAGACUUAUUAAGGAAUAUAACAUAUCUUCUAUAUAUGCUCUAUAUACAACACAUGAUGAAGACUUAUAUUGGUGAUACAAAUUAUGCAGUGUAUUAGAAAUUGUACAAAAUUGAGCUCCUGAGAUAACCAACAUUUUUGUAUUAUUACACUUUAUAAAAAUUAUGGAAUGUCAUGUGAUUAUUCAAAAAGCAGAGCAUUUAAAUAAAAUACAGCCUACUCAUGAUUAUCAAUGUUAUUAGUACAGUAGAUCAGAGAAGCCUGGAUUAAUGGAAUUUCUCAGAAAUACAGUCACAUUAUAUUAAUGAUAGUCUGUUUUCCAAGCACUUGUUUUACUUGAAUGUUAGCAUAUAUAAGAAUAAAUUUUUGGGAAAUAACUCCUUCCUAUUCUGCCCACCUUUUACUUAAGCAGUAAAGUACCUCUUUUAUAAAGAACCAGGAAGCAUCAAAACAACAACAAAAAUCUAAACAAUUUUCAAAUGAUAUAUUCAGUUCUCAUUAUAAUAAGGGCUAUAUACCAUGGGUCCACACAAACUGUGCUGCAAACAUAUAAUCUAUUAGUUUAGUGAAAUUUCCAGAGAUGUGAAUUUAAUAUUUUCUUGAUAAAAUCAUAAAUAGGCAUCACCAUUAUUAAAGAUGCAUUUGUUCAUUUCAAUAAACAGAAAAUUAAUGAAACAAAUUACUUUUGUACAAAAUAAAUGGAGAUUGUGUUGCACUUUAUUGAAUUUUAUAGAAAUAUUCAAAUCUAAGUGAUAAAGUAACAAUUGAGAAACUUCAAAAUGAAAGCCUUAUUGAUUCAAAAGGAAAAUUACCAUAUCCUUUAGGGCUGAUGAAUUUGCCACAAUUGCUUAGACAUAACAAAGAUAUUUUCUACGUUGUUUUCCAAGUUUAUAUGCUGAAAGAUAAUUGUGAGGUCAGGGUGGAGUAUAUCUAAAUGACUAGAACUUUAAGUUACAAUAUAGAUUUUCUCUUUUUAACAAAAGAAGAAUAUAAAUUAAUUUGGAUCAAAUUUAUUUGUCUUCUUUGCAAUCUUGGUGAUCAUUUUGGAAAGUAAAUUGAAAGGAAAUUUAAAUAGCCACAUAGUUUUCUUUUGCAUCUCAAUUUGGUUGAGAAUUUCUAAGGAAGGUUAAUAUGACUUUAGAAUGAAUAAAGAGACUGUCAAACAAAAAGUACUUUCCCUAAAAAAGAGGAAAGAGUGUCUUUCUAAAAUAUUUGUUUUCUAUUUUAUAUGUCACCAAUUGGAAAAUGCCAAUCUCAUCUUCAAAUGUGAGAAAGGGAACAAGGAGAGGAGCAACUCUAGUAAAAUGUAAUGAGGUCAUAAUCCAAGGCAAAGUUUAAUAAAUCUUGAUUGUGCGAUUUCUUAUUCUGUUGCUUCAUUUUGUCACCCACCAGACUACCAAAAAUAAAGCACAGACAUGACAAUUUUAGUACAUACAAUAGAUUUUGCAAAUAAUACAUAAUGAUAUUAUAACUGCCAGUAGCAACAUCUUAAGGGACAUAACUCUUUCACAGUAUUGGCCUUUGAAAAAUCGGUACAGGGAGUAAUUUUCAACGGACAUUGAUACUUGAAGUCACUCAGUUACUACUUUGACCAAUCAUAAUUUGUUUCUAAUCUUGUCAUUUGCUCAUGUAUAUUAUUAAUAUAAUCAGUUGCUAUUGUCAUAAUGUAUUAUUUCUAUGUAAAAAUGUAAAGAUUUUGAUUUUCCCAUUUUUUUAAAAUUAUAAUGUGCAUGAUCUUUCAUUUCUUGCAUUUUAAUUACCAAGUCAGUAUUCUAAGGUUGUAAGAUUACUGUAAAAAUUAUAUUCCAAUAUUUUGUCUAAACUUAAGUGUGGCCAGCAUUACUGGUUUCAGAGUUGCCUAAACAGUACAGAAUACCCUUAAUUCAGUUUGUAAAAGAGUUUUGACCAGUGUGAAAAAGUGAAGACACAGUUUCAUGGUUCAAGUUCAAAAUGGAAAAUUAAUAUCUUUUGAGUACUUAUGUGUUUGCAUGUCUGCUACUUAAUCUCUAUCUGAAAGUAUAAUAUUUUUAACACCAUUAUUUAUGCCAUGUAAAGUGGGCUCUCAGAAGCACAAGCACAGAUAUUUACCUUUGGAAGACAUUUUUGGCUAUAAAGGUGCAUUGAAUGACAAACACUAUUUGAGUUAGGUGUUAGAAAUUUACCAGAUGUAUUAUAUUACAUAGUAGAAUAAGGUUCUUUUCUCAUUUUGUUCUUCCUAAAAAUAAGAAAAAAAAGAAAGAUAAGUGUGAUAGUAAACUGUCUUUUACUAACGUCCUGCCAGAUGUUUAACUUCAAAGUAAGUAAAAAGUAGAUACAAUAUGAUGAUGAUCCUGAUGAUGAUGAUGAUGAAUAACUUGAAUCAAAAUACUAGCUUUAUUUGACAUUAAUAAGUAGAAUAAGUCAUCAUUUUUUCAACUCUGUAGUACAGCUGGUUUCAUUGAAUAAUUUUCUCUGUUAUGGUGUUAAUUAUAUAAUAGUGUAUCAAAAGAGAAAUAGAUAAGAACUUUCUUUUUCUUUCUCAUUAAUUUAUGAAGAAAUCUUUUCACACACAAAUGAUUGAAUGUUCUUGUUCAGAAUGACCACAUAAUCAUUGCUUAGAAGCAGACACCAAUUAUUUAAAAGAAAAAAAGUCUGUUUAUAAUAAUCAGAAUCAAAUGUUCUUUGUUUCUUCUAAACCUUAAUGGGGAAAAUUGAAUGUGGCAAAAUGUCAUGUUUAUUCGGGCUGAGAACUGUAUUAACAGUAGAAGUUUCAGGGGUCAGCAUAUCUAUGGCUCUUUAGGCUGCUGUAGUUUUAUAGUCAAUUAUUAAAAAGUAUGUAAAUUGCAUUUAUAAAAGUCUGAUAAUACUUACACUCAGUCAUUUGUUAGUAUUUUUAUCAAAAUCUCUUAGUUUCAGUCAUGUCAAAAGCAGCUCUAUAGCAUAUCUUACUCUGUGAUAUACAUCAGGUUAUCUCAAGUCCCUGCCUCACAGUUAAUUUAAAGAAGGAUUAGGAUUUCUGUAUUUUUUCUCAUUUGAAUCUUUAAGUGCAUUUGGUUUGUGUACAUGUUUUUUGUAGUGUAAGAUAUGAAAUUUUAUAUUUUUUCAGAAAAUAAAAAAAACAUUUGAAUACAGUUACAUCCGAUUGUCAUGCUUGACCCUCUCCGGAGAGUUUAAAUUUAUAGCCUUUGUGUAAUGAUUUCAGUUACUUCUAAUAAAAAUGUUUCAACUGAUUAUGCUAAA